AUGGACAAGCUCGCGUUGGCGAGAACGCCGACGCCGCCGACUCCUCCACUGUCGCAUGUUCCGAGAAACAGUUCUCCUCCGGUGUCAUGGACGGCGUUGAAUGCGUCCCGUCGUCUCGUUUCGGCCAGGCCGAUGACGUCGUACCUUAUUCUUCUUGCCUACAUGAGCAAGUCUUCUAUCGAGGACUCGAACGCAAGUGCACGUGCAUUGUAA